UCUACAUCUUAGCUUUAGCUUUUUCUGGACAAGCGAACGCAUAAAGUCUGUUAAAGGUUUGGCUGUUUAUGGUCACAAUGACGAAGAUGAAAAAAGAAGAAAGAAGAUGGUAAUACAGGGGGCAGCGGCAGUGACCCACUCUCUGAAGUAUUUCUACACUGCGUCCUCUCAAGUCCCAAACUUCCCAGAGUUUGUGACUGUUGGGAUGGUUGAUGAUGUUCAGGUUGUUCAUUAUGACAGCAACACACAGAAAGCUGAGCCCAAACAGGACUGGGUGAAGGGUGCAGUAGAUCCACAGUUCUGGGAGAGAAACGCUGGGAUCACUGUGGGUGCCCAGCAGUGGUUCAAAGCCAACAUUGAGACUGCAAAGGCACGCUUCAACCAAACUGGAGGUGUUCACAUUGUCCAGUGGAUGUACGGCUGUGAAUGGGAUGAAGAAACAGGUGAAGUGAAUGGAUAUUUCCAAGAAGGUUAUGAUGGAGAGGACUUCAUAAGCUUUGACCUGAAGACAGAGACAUGGGUUGCUGCAAAACAACAGGCUGUUCUGACAAGGAUGGAGUUGGACAGGAACAAAGCUCAGUAUAAGAACUACCUCACCCAGAUUUGUCCUGAGUGGCUGAAGAAGUAUGUGAACUAUGGGAGGAGCUCUCUGAUGAAAACAGUUCCUCCCUCAGUGUCUCUCCUCCAGAAGUCUCCCUCCUCUCCCAUCAGCUGCCACGCUACAGGAUUUUUUCCUAACGUGGCUGAGAUGUUCUGGAGGAAAGAUGGAGAGGAGCUUCAUGAGGAUGUGCACAAAGGAGAGAUCCUCCCCAACAAUGAUGAGACCUUCCAGAUGAGUGUUGAUCUGAAACUUUCAUCAGUCAAACCUGAAGACUGGGAGAGGUACGACUGUGUGUUUCAGUUCAGUGGUGUCAACAAGGAGAUCGUCACCAAACUGGACAAAACAAAAAUCAAGACCAAUACAGGUCCUUCAGGGUUUCAUGUUGGUGGUGUUAUCGGUGGUGUUAUCGGAGGUCUUGCGGUUCUUCUCCUGGCCGUCUGUAUCGGAAUCUAUUUCAAGUUACGAGGAAAUGGGUUUAAUCGUGCAAACACUUCUGAUACUGUGACUUGAAGAUUCAGACUCAAAAGUAAUUAAAUCCUAAUGAGAGCAGUAAAGAGUAGACAACCAUCUCU